UGGUGGCACCUGGUGAGGUUUGCUCCAUUGUGGGUGACUUCGGGAUAGUGAGGAAGCCAUUUGCAAUGGCCUCCAUGAAAACAUGACGCAGUAUACAACAUAAGGCGGACUUCAUGUUUGGUAGGUUACUCCACACGGUUGUUCGCUUCAUUGGCGCGGCUCAGUCAGUUCAGUCAACCAGCAGGGGGCGCUGGUCGCUGCUCUUAUCCACCAGGUAGUGACUAGCACGUCGUGUUUAUUUUUGACUUUUUCCUGCUUUUGACACCACCAUGUGAGGCAGACGCCACUUCUGACGCUUUUUCGAGCUGCAAAAUUGAAGAUAAAGCCAACCAUGAACCACAAUGAAGAACAUUUAGCCAGACCCAGGCAGCCGGUCCUGCCCUCUUUCUCCACCAGGACCCUGCACCACCCCUCCUUCCUGCCCCUGUACAUGGCCGCAGGCUUCGCACACCAUCACAUAGACUUCAGCAAUCCAACAGUCCUUCCCAUCAUCCCAAAUGAGUUCUUCUACACUGACCCCACCCUGACCUGUGGGAGGAGGAUCCCCAACAUAGUGAGUGAUUUGGGGGUUUUCGACUGCUUCCAGCUCAACACUCCACCACCGGUUAUGUCGGCCUGUGUGGCCCCGCCGAACUGCCCGGACCCAUUCAGAUCCGGGCCACACCUCACUAGAAACCUUGGCAGUACCAGGUGGAGACUGAACCCCAUCCACCCACCAGUGCAGCCAAGCCGGGCCAUUCUCCAGCUCACCCAGGACGAGGACCAGGCCAUCACUAACCUCCUGAAACUGCACCACCAGGAGCCCAGACAAAGUGAUGAGAUACAAAUGGACGUUUCUGGUGUUGUAGAGCCACAAGUAGCCUCGAACCCCUGCUUGGUCUUUAGUCACCCUAAACCUUUGGUUCCCACUGAGGAAGCUCUCACGCCGUCCUGUAGUGAUGAUGUGCAACAUCCAAUGAAGACUGGUUUGGGGAAUCAGUCGCAACAGGGAAGAGGUUGGUCAGAUGUGGAACUUGAAGCAGCCGACACUCUCCUGAGUGGCUUUAGUGUCUCGGAGGAGGACAGAGUCUGGAGUCAGUGUCGCCAGAACUCAACACUUCCUGAUCCUCAGCCAUAUCAGUAUAAUAAGGAUUUACCAAUAAGCACUGAAACCUGCCAAGAAUCUGAGGCUUUACCCGCAUUAACAGCUACUAAUGCUCCUCAAAAUGGCACUGGCUACAUCAGGUUUACUUGUGUCACUGAGGGUGGAGGAGCAGGCUGGGCAAAUUUGAGGUCUGCUGAAGACAGAGGUGCCUCUGGAGAUUGUGCACAGGUGAGGGAAUGGACACUCUCAGACUUGGAGGGAGAUGCAGUACAUGUACUCCUUAGCCUUGGAGACAUGGGGACUCUGGAUAUCCUGCAGUGA